AGUGGAUUCCUCAUUGCCAUGGUAACUGGGUGCCCCGCACUGCAUAGCCAGGCAGGAUGUUCUGUGCUCCGUGCUUCUGGCCAGAGCUUGGGGCCACUGGGUUGUUGGGGACCGUGGGGAUCCUGACCUUGGUCCUUUGGAGCUGCUCAGGACAGCCAGCAUUCCUGCCUGAGGUCCCGCCUGCCCACUCCAGCUGGGAGUACCACGGGGGUGACGUCUUCAUCCACAUGGCCAGCAGCCUGUAUUCACUGCCCUGCAGCACAAUUGAUCUUGAGGUGGCCAAUCCAACCUAUGAGUGGGUUCGGGACGGGGCAGGCCCCAAGCUGCUCUCAGUCACUGAAGAAGGACAUCUCCUGUUCCAGAACUUCCAAGCAGCUGAUAGUGGCAACUACACCUGCACCGUCUCCUACACAGAGCAUGGGCUCCCUGUGUCCCAAACUUUCCACUACAGAGUGUUUGGCUACCAUGUGCUUGGAGGCCUGGAGACUUUGCUGGUCUUCCAUAGUAAGCUCUGUGAAGACGAGUGGAACAAGAUGUUCCUGUGGGAUUUACUGGAGAUGCUGAAGCAGCUGGAGAUUGAGCUGCACUGCAAGAUCCGUCCUAAGAAGACUGUCUGCUUCCCCUCAGCAGACAACCCUUCGAAUGAGUUCGUUGUCCAAAUACAGCUAGAAGUGUCCUUCUUCGGGCCCAAUUGGGAUGAACAAUGCAAACCCCAAGGUGUGGAGGUGGACAUAGACUGCUACCGCAAAACAGUCCAGCAGAGCCUUGAAACGGUUGAGCCUGCCAUGAACAAAUUCUUCACGAAGAAAGCAACUUUCCACAUCACUGGGCAUGAUGUCUCCAAAAUUGUCUUCAACAUGGCGUUUGUUGGCUUCCUGGAGAUCAAGACAUGCAGCAAAGGCUACGGGCAGACCAAGCAGCUGCCAAGAUGUCUCAAGUGUUGCAUUGUAUGCCCACCAGGGACAUUCAGCCCUCCUACAGACACACAGUGCUCACCAUGCCCCAUAGGAACCUACAGCAUGAUCUACGGGACGGCAUUUUGCAUUCCCUGCAAGGAUGGCAUGAUCACUCAGGGGAUGGGUGCCAGAUCCGCUACAGAUUGCAUGAAGAAUGAAACGACCAGGCAUGUUGACUCCAUCAUUCGCAAGAUCCCAAUUCCGCUCUUUAUCAUCUUGCCAUUAGUAGGAUCCGUCAAUCUGCUCUUCAUCUUAAGCUCUUGCUAUUGGUAUCAAAAAGAAUACCGGCCGUCAUCACCAGCAACUUCCAAAAUUGCAGGAGUCAUCAAGACAGCAGUGACCAAGAUCCGUCAGAUCCCCAGUCAGAGUCCCUGGUCUCACCAUUCUGCUUCAGCUCGCAGCACCAGUGAAACUGACACAUCUCAGGAGGGUGAAAAACUCACCCCUCCCAAGACCCCAAACCUUGCUGCUGUGAGUGAUAACACACCUGCUGUGCUGGAACUGGAGAACAAAAUGCCAGUUAUUGAGCUUCCCUCCAGAAAUGCAGACCAACAUCAUUGAGGGAGAACAUCCUUACAGCUUUGUAUGUGUGCCUCCCCUCACUCCAUACAGGCUAAUGUAUCCAGCAGUGAAGAAGAGGGACACAUUUCUCCUCAUUGAAUUUGCCUUCCCCAAUAGCUCUGACUGCAACUAUCCCCUUUGCUAUAAAUACUGGCUUUUAUUCACGUCUCUCUUUAACUCCAGAUGUACCAGACACAGAGAGAGACAUGAAGGUUACAAGGCAGAGACCUAGCAUACAGAUUGAAGAGCUCUUUGUCUUUACUCCUGGGAAGCAUCCUUCCCCAAGCAGGGAGCCAGUCCUGCACCUUGCAUCCAGCUUCCCUUCCACUUCGUUUUCAAAGCCAACCUUGGCAUGCAGAUCAUUUGAAAGGACUCCCAACUUCAUGGCCUCGGAGACCAUCAUCAUUAGCUAAAACUUUCCUGAGCCCUGCAGCUGUUGGUACUCCAGGAGAGGGCAGCAAUGCAGUGCGAGAGGCAUCGCUCCAGCAAUGGGUGGUUGUUAAUAAAAAUGAGCUCUGUUUUCAAAAACCA